AUGGAGAAGAAGAAGCUUAAAGACGAGAAUACAACCUCAACUCCUAGUGAGGGUAGGAAUCUAGAUGGGCUGGUUCCAUUUCCCGGUCGACUUGCGGAGAAGAAGUUGAAUGACAAGUUUGCAAAGUUCCUUAGUGUGAUAAAGAAUUUCCACAUCAACCUCCCUUUCAUCGAAAUUGUCACACAAAUGCCUUCAUACUCCAAGUUCCUCAAGGAUAUUCUCACCAACAAAAGGAAGCUCAUCACUCUUCUCCAUCAAAAAGAUGUUGAUACUCCUUUGAUUUUUGGUCGUGAAGCUCUUAAGAGUUUGGGGGUGGUGAUCAAUUGCAAGAACAACACCAUUACAUGUGAGGUUGCCGAUGAAAAGAUUGUUUUUGAGUUCUCUAAGUUACUCAAGACCCCCAUGGUUGAAAAAUGCUAUAGGGUUGAUGUGCUGAAUGAGGAGUUAGAUCGCUUGGGAAGUGUUAUGAUGAAGCCUCAAGAUCCAAUGGUUGAAGCUCUUACAUACAAGGAAGAGUAUCAAUCUCAAGAAGCAAAAGAGUUUGUCAUGGCCAUGGAAGAAACUCAAAUGGAAGAAGACCAUGAACAACAAGAAGAUAAAGAAGAGCUUGAACUAAAGGAGGAGAAAAUGGAGGAGAGUUCCAAGCCUCCUCCCAAGGUAGAACUCAAACCCCUUCCCCCCAAUUUGAAAUAUGCUUGUCUUGGAAAUGAAGGGGAAUACCCUAUUAUUAUCAAUGCUACCCUUGAUGGUCUUGAUUUGGGAAAAUUGCUUGUCUUUUUGAGAAAAUAUAGAAAUGUGAUAAGGUAA